AUGGUGCUGAUUGUGAGUAUCAAGAGCCUGAGAGGUAUAGCUACGCAAUUCCAUGCGCAGGACCAUCUCCAGCGUAACGCUGAACCCUUCGAUAGGCCUCGGGAUACCCCAACUGAGAUACUUGAUCGACUGAGUCAAUUGGAGACUCUCCUGGGCCAGCAGAAAGACACGAUCACUGAGUUAUCAGCACGAAUCGCACCGAUUUACACUCAGACGGGAUACUCAACCAAUUGUUGUGUUGCCUCUUCGCUCCCAUUGCAUGCACCACAUUCGUUCAAUCCAUCAGAUCACGCCCGUGUUCAUACUGCUUCGACAAGUUCCACGCCGCGAAGAGUCUCAUAUAACGAUGAGGAACCCCUGAUUAUCCCUCUAGGGCACAACACUCCAACAACAAGUCUAUUUGGCCUUAGUAGAGUGAAAAGCCUGAUAGGGGAGUACCAGCAAGACCUGUUCAUGCAGUUGGAAUCUGAACAGGAGCUCGCCCUCUCGAUGAAGGGCCCACAGCAAAAUCACUGGGGAUCCCAGCCGCAACCUCAAAUUACUUACCAAUUUGUUGAUCAUUUUUUUAUGCGUGUUCAUCCUUACUUUCCGAUUAUCAAACAUCAGUAUUUUCUCAAGGUCUACGGGGCAUUUCUGGUCACGCCACAAACGAGUAAUGCCUCGAUGCUUCUGUGUCUGGUCGUAUUUGCUUUAGGUAAAAUCUCCUCGCAUUCAGAUGGGUGGCUCGACAUUGAGUCUGAAAUAGACUUGAAUGGAAUGGAGUAUUUUCUCCCUGCAUAUAAUCACCUUAUAUCUGCAUGGGUGUCGUCAUUUUCGAUUGAUCUUUGUUUACCCCUGGCGCUGUUUUACGCGUCCAUUUAUCUUCGAUAUUUAGGACGUCCGUUGCAAGCCUGGAAGUUCAUACAUAUGGCGUCUACAAGUGUACAAAUCAUGUUCUCUCGAUUAGUACAUCUUGACGCCACUCCAUCAGAAGACCGUGCUAUUCUCCUUAGGCUUGCCUGGGGCUGCUACAUCCUCGAAUGUGAUGACCUUGCAGAAUUUCAUUUACCACGUAGUGGCAUUGAAGUAUUUAUAGAUAGAUUGCCUUUCCCAUCAUUCACUGAGCCAAACCACAAGAUCAGUUACGUGUUCCUUGCAAGGUGCUCUGUUCGGAGACUCCUCAAUCGAGUGCAUGCUGCGAUCUAUUCAACGAACGAACAUAGGGUCUUUAACGCUAGUUUUCCGGCCCCAACACCUCACCAGGCCUCUGAAUUUCUAUGUAUUUCAGUGGCGCCCUCCGAAAUAGUUUUGAUAGAGUUGACUCGCCAAUUAGAAGUAUGGUUUGGCUCCAUUCCAGAACUUGUUAGACCGGAUCUCCAUAGCUCUUUCUUCCACGACCCACUCGACACGGUCAUUUGUGCACUCUACUAUGCCGCAAAACACAUUAUAUGUCGCCCAUGUGUAAUAUAUGCGGCAUCCACAGAAUAUCAACAUUUACCGGAUUAUGUUGUUGCCAACUGCAAACAUUGCAUUGAGGCUUGUCGACAAUUUGUUCACAUGACCUCGUCCUUCCUUAAGAAAAGGACGCCUGGCGCUUGGCUCGGCAUACAAGCACUGUUUGCCGCUAUCUUAACACUCUCGGUAUCGAAAUGCACUCCAUCUAUCGAAGAAUUUGUGCCGGACUUCUACGAUUUGAUUCAGCAGGCUAUCCAGGUUGUCGAGGUCUGGGCCGAUUACUGCGCGCACAAUCUCGCAAACUGGGGCUCGCCCGAAGAGGCCUUCAGCAUCUCAUGUCAUCUCUCUCCAGCCUGGGAGCAACUGCCGAUCGAAAUGGGGGUAAUGGCUUUCGGAUCACCCCUCAAAGCCUGGAUGCGGUUGUUUGCGACACAUAAACCUGCAGUGGCUUGGCUUUCUUUCGACAGAACUAGCGAGUUUCGGACAGAAGGGAUUCGCAAGGUCUUACCCAAGACUAGCGUUUGGGCACAACUGGGCAGCGUGCUGGCUGCUCUAGAUAUUGCCAAAGUGUGUCAUCCCGAUGCCUGA